AGGUUCCCGCCAAGAGCCAUGGUCCGCAUUGCAGAGCUGUCGCAGCGACUUCGAUCCCUUACCACAUGGCACACCGAAAAGUGCUGACGAGGACGAUCUAUGACGUCACUACCUGACCACUGUCCGUGUGUGGGUGUGGUCAGGGGCGGAGGUACAAAAUGCGCAUGCGCAAUUCUUCCACCUUCGAACCGCCGAGCUUCGAACUUCGGGCUGUUUUGCUCGGGUGAAAGGACUGAAUGAGAGAAGGAGGAUGAAGUCAAGGAAAUCUUCUUCCGGGUGGCUGCCGCUAGAGUCGGUAGCGUUUCGCUGGCUGCUCGUCCCGCGGCUGUUGGGAGCUUUCCUCGUGCACAUUUCCGACUGCGACGAGACCUACAACUACUGGGAGCCUGCCCACCACCUACUGUAUGGAGGUGGAUUUCAGACUUGGGAAUAUUCUCCAACAUAUGCCCUCCGUUCCUAUGGCUACAUCUUGAUCCACAUGUUCCCCCUUCUUGCUACCAACACCACCAACAAACUGAUAGCAUUCUACCUGGUGAGAGUUAUCCUGGCUGCAGUAUGUGCUCUGUGUGAGGCCUACUUCUACAGGGCUGUAGCAGUGAGGUUUGGUCCAGUGAUAGCUCGCAGGACCCUUCUCCUCCUGGCCGGCAGCUGUGGGAUGUACAUCGCAGCCCCGGCCUUCCUCCCCUCCUCUUUCUCCAUGUGCCUCGGAAUGAUUGCCCUGGGGGCGUGGUUCCAGAGAGAGUAUACGGUGGCUAUUUUUGCAGUGGCAGUUAGCAGUCUUGUAGGGUGGCCGUUCAGUGCCGUGCUUGGGAUACCCAUAGCAUUGGAUGUGGUGCUCUACAAGAGAAGACCUCUCCUUUUCAUCUGGUGGUGUCUAAUCAGCUUUGUCAUGGUUUCAGUUCCACUGGUGGCCAUUGACUCAGUCUACUAUGGAAGACCAGUCUUAGCUCCUCUCAACAUUGUACUGUACAACGUCUUUGGGAAAGGAGGACCCAAUCUCUACGGUGUGGAGCCACUGAGCUACUAUCUUAUCAAUGGAGUACUGAACUUCAAUGUUGUCUUCAUCCUGGCCCUCCUUGCCCCACUAGCUGUAGAAUUCCAGACUAGGCCCGGCAUUGUUCACAUUCUCCAGGUGUUCUGGGAGGUUUUGAUAACAGUGUUAGGCAGAGGAGGCUCAUACGUGGAUACCCUGAAGAAUAUCCUGUCAGCCUACCAGGGGAAUGUCCCAGGUGCAGGCAUAUUUAUCCGUAGCCGUGACUACAGGAAGGUGGUCCAACCAAUGAUCAUCUGGAUGAUCAUCUUCUUCACCAGACCUCACAAGUUGUUUUAUCCUGCACUUUCAGGAGGAGAGGUUUUUGUUUCCAAUCUACCCGCUGUUCUGUCUCUCUGCAGUCGUCACUCUUCACCUACUGCCUUCCAAGACUGGUUGAAGUUUAUUGACCGUGUACAAACUACUUUGCUCUAUGACCUUGUUGUUGAGAUGGGCAUUUCACUGGUUCUCUCACAGGAGAUACUUACAGUGGUGCUGGGUGUGGCUAGAAUGCCAAGACUGCUGCGACGUUUCUUCAUCUCCCACCUCCCUACCCUCACCCUGGUGGUCUUCCUUCUCCUCUCCCUCUCUAGGGCUGUGGCUCUUCAUAUAGGCUAUGGAGCUCCGAUGGAUGUGUACAAAUCUCUCAACAGUCACCAGAUCCUCUCGUUCACUGAGCAGUUUCCGGAGGUCACAGAGGUUAAUGUCUGCGUGGGGAAAGAGUGGCAUCGAUUCCCCAGCUCCUUCUUCCUCCCUAACAACAAAUGGAAUCUGAGGUUUCUGGAGUCUGACUUCAAAGGCCAGUUGCCGGGACUGUACAGCAGACACGAUAACUCCACAUCCGUCAUUCCUGACCAUAUGAAUGACUUGAACAGAGAGGAGCCAUCUCGAUAUUUUCAUCUGGAGAAGUGCCACUUCUUGGUGGACCUUGACCUCCCCAAGACCACACCCCUCCAGCCUCGUUACUCUCAAGACACUGGACACUGGGAAACUGUUGUCAGAAGACCAUUUCUGGAUACCAGAAGGUCCCACAGAUUGUUCAGAGCAUUCUAUGUCCCCUGGCUCUCUGCACAGUAUACUCACUAUGCUGACUAUGUACUGCUUAGGAAUAAAUUGCUAUUUGUUAAAUGAUUCAAGUUUAUAAUGAUGACAUUCAAUCACACAUUGUCACCAUAAAUAUCAUAUAUACAGCACACUGAUUGUAUGGACAAAAAAAGUAAGAAGUAAGGGGGAUAUGUCGGCAUAGAGUAAUAAUAAUAAUACUCAGAUACAAAACCAGUUUGGAGAAGAAAUUAAAACGGAAACAGCAUAAAAACAGCUAAACAAGAACAAGCAAGAAGUAAUUUUAUUAUGUUUCACAAAAACCAGAAUAUAAUUUUUUUCACACAAAAGUAGUUCUGAGAGUAAGAAACAAGCUUUAAGCAGAAUGGAGAUACAAAGGGAGCUGAUGUUCAGACCAUUUCGUCAGGC